AUGCAACAGGACGAUUUCAAGGACAUCGACGUGAUUGUGCCAAGAAAAAUUAAAACAAACAUUAAAAUUACACAGUACGUCUGGUUGAAGAUCAGUGCAGAUGACCCACUCCUUGGGUGUGUGGAAGAUAUAAACAUUUUUCACGGAGGAAAUACGGCCCUGCAUGUAGCCGUCCGUACGAGAUUGAGAGACGUGGUGGAAUAUAUUAUCAGUAGGAACGAGUUAGAUAUAAACAUGAGGACGAAUGGAAAAUGGACAGCUUUACACGAAGCUACAAAAACAGGAAGGCUAGAUAUCAUUAAAACCCUCCUGGACAAUGGGGCGGACGUAGGGGCUAAAGAUGAAUCGGGACAAACUCCACUGCAUUGGGCUGUCAGAUUCCAUACUCCCAUGGAUCUAGUCUAGACACUGGUUGAAAGUGGUGCAGAUGUUAACUCGAAGGAUGAAUAUGGAUGUACACCCCUGCAUAUCCUCUGUACUAAAGGAGCAGGAGUGAAUAUGGAUAUAUUUGAUCUCCUGCGCCGAAAAAUGGACAAUCCAAACACAGAGGACUCAAAGGGAUCUACACCAAUUCAUAACCUGAUGAGACUCUUACUAGUCAAUUCCCUGCCUAGUAAUAAGAAACUCGUAGAAUUAUUUUUGAAAUAUGGUGGAAGCUUGACCAAGGAAGAUGGUUUAUUUGGUACCGUGCUUCACGUGGCAGCUUCUUCAAACCAUUCUGCUAAUUUUUUGAUGUUCCUCAUGGAAAAGGGAGCCUAUACGGGCAUUUUGAACGGGACAACUUAACGUUCUUGGACUACAUUAUACGGAGCGAUAGGAAGAAAGUGAAAGAAAUCGUGAAAAAUAUGAUUGUCCAGGAGUUCAAGGGAAGAUUCGAUUUGGAUCCCCUACUUUUGAAUUGCGUGAGGACAGACCGUGAAAUCAAUGAAUAUGUGAGGUCGUGUAAGAUUGAACUCUGCUUACUUAAUGGCCGUCAACUGGGGAACGAAAAACAAUAUCCUUAUUCACGGUCUUGUCCUCGGAUGAGAGAACACUGGCAAAUAUUUUCAGAAAUGCUCUUACCAGGAAUGAAAUGGCCAAAUUUUAUAGGCGAAAAUUUCCUAUGUUC